AUGUUAAUAGAAAAAUAUGAUGAGAAACCCAAAUUUGACUUAGGAUUUUCUCCUUUUUAUUUUAUAUCUUAUCCCUUAUACAAUAUUCAAUGUAGAAGUAUUUUAUAUAAACAUUUAAAUAAUUAUGAGGCAAAUAUAACAUAUACUCCUCUAAUUAAUAUAAAUAAUUUAAAUAUAAAAACGUAUAUUAUUUAUAUAUUUAAUAGUCUACAUCAGAUAUAUAAUAAUGAGGGAAUAAGAGGAUUGUAUAAAGGGUUAAUUCCAAUGUUAGCCCACAUAGUAUCAAAAAAAUCUAUUUAUUACUUUCUCGAAAACGUUCAUUUUGUCAUAUUUAGAAGGCUAAGAUCUGAAAAGAGAAGAGAUAUUUAUGAUAAAAAAUUAAUACGAAAUUAUGAAAACAAUUCAAUGAACGAUAAAGAAAAUGAUAAUAAUUUUAUUGGAGAUUCUAUUAACUCAAAAAUUGUCAAGCAAAUUAAUUUUGUUAAAGAAGAAAAUAAUUUUAUUAAAAAGAAAAAGAAAAAGAAAUAUUUCCAUCUUUCCUUAUAUCACAGUUUUUAUGAAUAUGUUAGUUGUAUUCUAUCAUAUCCCUUAUUAAAUAUAUCCACAAAAUUAAUUAUAUUUCAAAAUAAUUCAAGAUCGUUAUUAUAUAAUAUAAAAAACAUUAUUCGUUUAACAUACAUGUAUGAUGGAAUAUACGGAUUUUUUAAAGGCCUAAAUAAUUAUCUAAUCAUCCAAUCAAUGGAUAAAGUUUUAAAUUGUUUCUUGUAUAGAACCUUUUCAAACAGUUGUUCGUAUGAUAAGGUUGUUACCAUUAAAGUGGUUUUAUCAA